UUCGGAUAUGUUCGUUUGUAUUCCAACAUGUCAACAUUAGAUCACGUACGCACUGCACUGUUUUCGCUGGAAUUACAUUAAGCAGUGCACCAUGUCGUUAAUUUCAAAACAUAAGCCAAUAUUUAAUAGGCUGUUUUGCCUUAAAAGAUUAAAAAUAAAUCUUAUUGAAAAGAGAGAAAUUUCUUUCGCUCAAAGACAGUGUGCUGAAGAUAAAGGUAAAGAGGCUGCUGCAAAUGAUGAUACAAGUAAAGAAACAAGUGAAACUGUUAAAAGUGAUAGAGAAGACACAGAUCUGGUACAAACAGACACAACAGAAACACCAAAAAAGCUAGGUUUCAUAGGAAGGAUGAAGGCAUCACAUGACCAAACUGUCAAAGAUGCUUCUGGAGUGCUUAUUAGACCAACUACGGGGGAUAAAGUAGCGUUACUAUGGAGUGGGAAAUAUCAAACACGAGAGGAUAUUCCAGAGUUUGUAAAUUGCAACCAGCAGAUAGCAGCAGACAAUACUGCAAGAGUAGUUAUAUUUAUGUGGAUGAUGGUGACUGCCACACUAUAUUUUAUAUCAAUGAUAAAAUGUGGACAGAGGAGAAAGAGAAUACUUUAUGAACGUUUUACGGCAGAACAAAACAGGAUAUGGAAAGAACGAGAAGAGGAACAGGAGAGACAGGUGUUAGAAAAGAAAUCUAAAUAAAACAUUUUAUUUAUAGCAGUGAAAAGUAAAAGGUCUUUAGUUCUAUAAUGAUAUUGUGUAAAUUUUAGAUAGUAAGUUUUAUUUCAAGAAAUUAAUAUCUGCUAAGGUUGUGCUUUAAAUUUGCAGUCUGUUGCAAGAAAUUAAUGAAUGUCCACUUCUACACCCAGUAUUUGCUGCUUCAGUUAAAAAAUUCUUGUUCAUUUUUAGCUCGACUAUAUGAAGUAUGGAGAGCUAUUCUACUCAACCUGGCGUCGGCAUCGCCAUCCUUCCGCAUCUGCACUUUGGUUAAAGUUUUGAUGCACUUUCUCUUUAUCUUUUUUAUUACUGGAUGGAUUUACUUCAGACUUAAAAUAGUUGUUCCUCAUCAUCACCCACAUCAUAUGGCACAAAGGUCAUAACUCUGGUACCAAUAUUUCAUGAAAUAUCCCCAUUUUUACUUAGAAUUCCUGGUUAAAGUUCUGGUGCAUUUCCACUUUAUCUCAGUUAUUACUAAAUGUAUUUGAUUCAAACUUAAGAUAGUUGUUCAACUUCAUCAUCCACAUCAUAUGGCAAAAGGGUCAUAACUCUCACACCAGUAUUUCAUGAUUUAUCCCCCCUUUUUACUUAGAAUUUCAAGUUAAAGUUUUGGUGCACUUUAACUUUAUCUCAGUUAUGUUAGUCCUAAAUGGAUUUGAUUCAAACUUAAAAUAGUUGUUCAACAUCAUCAUCCACUUCAUAUGGUACAAGGGGCAUAACUCUGGCACCAAUAUUUCAUGAUUUAUCCCUCCCUUUUUAAUCCCCCGCCGUGGCGGAGGGAUUAUAGGAAUGGUCUGCGUCCGUCCUUCCGUCCGUAACAAAUUCGUGUCCGGUCCAUAUCUCCUAAACCCCUUGAAGGAUUUUCAUGAAACUUGGGUCAAAUGAUCACCUUAUCAAGACGAUGUGCAGAACCCAUGAGUCAGCCUUGUCGGUUCAAGGUCAAGGUCACAACUCAAGGUCAAAGGUUUGAGCCUGCCAUUUUGUGUCCGCUCUAUAUCUCCUAAACCCCUUGAAGGAAUUUUAUAAAACUUGGGUCAAAUGAUCACCUCAUCAAGACGAUGUGCAGAACCCAUGAGUCAGCCAUGCCGGCUCAAGGUCAAGGUCACAACUCAAGGUCAAAGGUUUGAGCCUUCCAUUUUGUGUCCGCUCUAUAUCUCUUAAACCCCUUUAAGGAAUUUUAUAAAACUUGGGUCAAAUGAUCACCUCAUCAAGACGAUGUGCAGAACCCAUGAGUCAGUCAUGCCCGCUCAAGGUCAAGGUCACAACUUAGGGUCAAAGGUUUGAACCUUCCAUUUUGUGUCCGCUCUAUAUCUCCUAAACCCCUUCAAGGAUUUUCAUCAAACUUGGGUCAGACAAUCACCUCAUCAAGGCGAUGUGCAGAACUUAUGAGUCAGCCGUGUCAGCCUUCCAUUUCGUGUCCACUCUAUAUCUCCUAAACCCCUUGAAGGAAUUUUAUAAAACCUGGGUCAAAUGAUUACCUCAUCAAGACGAUGUGCAGAAAUUAUGAGUCAACCAUGCCAGCUCAAGGUCAAGGUCACAACUUAGGGUCGAAGGUUUGAGCCUUCCAUUUGGUGUCCACUCUGUAUCUCCUUAACCCUUUGAAGGAUUUUCAUCAAACUUUGGUCAAAUGAUCACCUCAUCAAGAACUCAUGAGUCAGCCAUGUCAACUCAAGGUCAAGGUCACAACUGAAGGUCAAAGGUUUCAGCUCUGUAUCUCCUAAACCCCUUGAAGGAUUUUCAUGAAACUUUGGUCAAAUGAUCCCCUCAUCAAGACGUUGUGCAGAAUUCAUGAGUCAGCCGUGUCAGUUCAAGGUCAAGGUCACAGCUAAAAUCAAAGGUUUUACCCUUUCACUAUUCAUAGCAGUGGCGGGGGAUUUAGCUGUCUUUCAGACUGCCUUGUUACUUAGAAUUUCAGUUUAAAGUUUUGGUGCACUUUCACUUUAUCUCAAUUAUUGCUAAGUGGGUUUGAUUCAAACUUAAAAUAGUUGUUCAACGUCAUCAUUCACAUAUUAUGACACAAUGGCCAUAACUCUUGCACCAGUAUUUCAUGAAUCAUCCCCACUUUUUACUUAGCAUUUCAGGUUAAAGGUCCAUUACUAAGGGAAAGUGAGUUGGCAAUUUUUUUCAUAGCCAGUGCAUAGACUUCUGCAAGACACUAAAUAAUGAAGAUUGGCAGGUCAAAAUUUACAGAAGGUCUUUGGAACUCAAAGAAAUAUAUGUUUAUUGUGUUGAAAUUUCAAUGAAUCGACAGAAUAACCCCCCAGGUCUUUUUAACUUUCUUCAUACUUCAUAGAAAAAUAAUUGUACAUAUACUGUGAUUUAUUUCGAAUUUCUACAUACCAACUUUCAUUUUCCAAUAAAAUGAAAUAGUUUCUGUGCUUUUUAAAAGAAAUUAAAAUGUUCACUUUCCUUAGUAUUGGACCUUUAAAGUUCUGGUGCACUUUUAUUCUAUCUCAGUUAUUACUAUAUGGAUUUGAUUCAGACUUCAAAUAGUUGUUCGACAUCAUCACUCACAUCAUAUGACAUAAGGGCCAUAACUUUUGCACCAUUAUUUCAUGAAUUAUCCUCCUUUUAACUUACAAUUUCAGGUUUAAGUUUUGAAGCACUUUCACUCUAACUCAGUUACUACUUAAAACUUCCACCUUUAGUUAUCACCCACAUCAUAUGACACAAGGUCCAUAACUCUGGCACCAAUUGUUCAUGAAUUAUGCCCCUUAGAGUUAAAGGUUAAUUUUGAUGCAUUUUCACUAUAUCUCAAGUUAUUACAAAAUGGAUUUGAUUCAACAUGACUCAAGGUGCAUUACUGUUGCACCAAUAUUUCAUGAAUUAUGCCCCUUUUUUGCUGAGAAUUAUACGUAAUAUUUAAUGUUUUGAUACACUUGAUCCUUAUCUCUCUUAUUACUUAAUUCUUUUGACACAGACUCAAGCUAUUAUCCAAUAUUUCAUCCAUGUUGGAGUCAUUAAACACCCAAGUGAUAGCUCCAGCUUUGUCAAAUGUGCCCAGUUUCACUAUCCAGCAUCGAAAUAGUGGAGCGUGCUGUCUCCUGUGACAGCUCUUGUUAGCAUUUACUCACGAGCUAGAGAAUGGAUAAAUUAGUACAAAUUCAUUUUAACAGACUGAAUCUAUAAAGCAUCUGCUGGGCAGAAUUACAUGUAUAAAUCACUGUUUAAAAUGGAAUUGUGAUCACGCUGUGUCUGUCGCCUGUCCGUCCUUGCAUGCAUGCGUCAACUCAUCUGUCGUCAAAAUUUGUGUUUAAACAACAUCUCCUCCAAAACCACUUAAUGGAUUUUUAUGAAACUUGGCCAUGAUGUUCCUUGUGUGGUCCUCUACCAAAGUUGUUCAAACAGUUCUGCUUGGUUGCACAUAGGGUUCCAGAGCUAAAAAUAGAAACAAAUUCAAACAAUAUCUCUUCCUAAAUGGAUGGUCUGAUUUUGAAAUAAUUUCACACAAAUGGUUCUUAUGCUACCCUCUACUAAGAUUGUUCAAUAAUUUUUAUUCGUCAAAAAACAUGGCCACCAGAGGGCGUGGUCACUUUUCCCGAUAUGUAUAUAGUGGAAACUUUAAAAAUCUUCUUGUGUAAAACUGUUUGCCCGAUUUUAGAAUAAUUUUACAGAAGUGGUUGUUGUGUGACUCUCUACCAAGAUUGUUCAAAUUUUUCCAAUCUAUCAAAAAACAUGGCUGCCAGGGGUUGUGGUUACUUUUCUUCUCUGAAUCAAUAAUAGCUUAAGAGCCUUGAUAUUUGGCGUGUGAUAUCAAAUUAGUAAUGUGUACCAUAAUUGUUAAAAUUAUUGCCCUAGGUUCAAAAGUGUGUGUGACAUGUAUAUAAUAUAGGCUAACAUAGAAGAAACCUAGCUCUGUUCUUAUACAAACACACUUGAAGCUUUGUGCACAGGUGAGCGCUUUAGGGUCGAUGGCCCUCUUUUUGGUAAUUGCAGUAUAGGCUUUGAGUGUUUAUAUAAAACCUAAUGAUAUUAUAAGUCAAGUUCUUCUGAAACUUUUUGCUGUUGAUUUAAUGUUGAUAGAACUGUAAACAUAUAUAAAUAUAUUAGAUAUAGUGCAGCUUAAUAAUGAUAUUAAGAGUAAAGUUUUCCUCAAAC